CUAAUUACGUCACCGCCCGCGAUAAACCGUUGAGUUUCUCACGUAAACGGUCACUUUUGAAGCCAGCCAUUCUCCGACCAAAUCCUCCGACCGUCAUCAUGCCCAACUGCCCAAAAUGCGAGAAGCCGGUGUAUUUCGGAGACCAUCAACAGAGCAACUGCACCAUCAUUACGACUUUCAGCUUUUGUGUUCUAUUGAUGGAAACUAUCUAACAUCGGCUAUCAGCGCCGAACGGAUGACGUCAUUGGGGAAAGACUGGCAUAGAGGAUGUCUGAGGUGUGAAAAAUGCAAUAAGACCUUGACACCCGGGUCACAUGCCGAGCAUGAAGGGAAACCUUAUUGUAAUAAUCCCUGUUACGGAGCACUUUUUGGCCCGGGAGGAUUUGGCCGUGGAGGAACGGAAAGUUACCAAUACAAGAAAUAGCAUUGACAAUGGAAGCGAUUAUCUGUAUACUAACUCAUUAGUAGUAUAAUAUACUCAUAGUAACAAUUGGAGGCUGAAUAACUGUGAUCCAUAUUUUUCACCUUUCAUCCACUAGUAGUUUCUUUUUGUACUAAAAACAUAGCUUAUUAAUAAUAAUUUCUCAUAAUUUUGAAUAGAGUUUAUGAAUGUCGCGAAGUUUUACAAUUGUGAAUUUUACUGACAGUCUUUUUAUAUAUUAAUAGGAAUAAAUUUUUUUAAUUCACUUGUC